AUGGCUUCACCAGCAACAACGGACGUCAAAGGAGGCGUAUUUCCAGACCCCUCGGCCGAUGCCGAAGCCAAGGCCUCCCAAAUGUUGGAUUUUCUCGAAACCAUUGGUCGUUUGAAAACGCUGGAACGCACUGGUUGGGUACGCGCCAAGAUCGAUCGUCCCGAAACGGUGGCGUCGCACAUGUAUCGCAUGGCCGUCAUGAGUGCGUGUGUAGACAAUACCACGGCAUCGAGCGAUGGUGCAUCGCUCCCCCCACUCAACCUCCAACACUGCACACUGAUGGCUAUCGCGCACGAUAUGGGCGAAGCACUGGUGGGAGACAUUACUCCACACGAUGGGGUGUCCAAUCAGGACAAGUUUUGUCGAGAAGAAACCGCAAUGAAACACAUUCGGGAUGUCUUGCUGGGAGGUAACGAGUUUGGACACUUGUUCUACAAUCUGUGGCUCGAGUACGAAGCCCAGGAAACACCAGAAAGUCAGCUGGUCAAGCAGUUUGAUAAGCUCGAAAUGAUUGUACAGGCCUACGAGUAUGAACGUGACCAAGGACCUCCAGGGCGUCUCGAGCAAUUCUUUGCCAGCACCGUGGACAAG